GACUUUUAUUAAAUUAUUGUUUUUAAAAACGUUUAUAUAAUAGAAGGGGAUAUUGUAUGCAUAAAAUGACUAAAGUGACGACUCAGAUGAAGUUCCAGCAUCUCUUCGCCGUGCUUGCAUUCUCCGUGACCAUCUCGUACUGCACCGGCCAUAUUGGCGGCGGGCAGCUGCUGCAGCAGAACGAAGGACCCAAGAUGUACUGCGGCAGGAACCUGGCUCGGAUGCUGGCGGUGCUGUGCUUCGAUGAGGGCAGCAUGGGCAAGCGGUCGGAGUCGUCGGGCACUAUGUAUGAGGCAAUCCUGUCGCCCUACUACAAAACCCAGGAUGUAGACCCCGACUGGCCCUGGAUGUCGCUGCACAAGUCCCGAAGUCUCGGGUUCCCUUCCCGCGGCAAGCGAUUCCCCGGCGUCGUCAACGAGUGCUGUGAAAAGGCCUGCAGCAUCAACGAACUAAUGACUUACUGCUAAUUCUUCCCUACUAUUUAAUUAUUUGACUGUCCAGCUUAUUCAUAAUCCACGCCUUUUACUAUUGUGUUGUUUAACAGUAAUUUCUUAUUUAAUCAACGAGCUCUAACCGAUCCAUCCGUAGUAGUAGCCAGCCAAAUUGUACAUACGCUUCUGUAAGUUAGAUAUUUUUACUGAAUAUGCUCGUAAUCCUAUAGGUGACUAAAACGCAUCUGAUAUACAGCAUGUUUCCAUACAGAUUGACAGCCGUAAAUUAUUGUAGAACUAGGGCCCGGGCGACGGCUGAUAAGUUGUAUGAAAAUGUUAGAGUCACGCUGGCUGUAUGUCAGAGGCUAAGGUAGAUUAGCAUUUAAUAAAUUAUGUUGACAUCAACUAUGUCAGUCAACGCUACGAGAGCUUAUUAGAUAGAUGUUAGUCUGCAAAUUGUACUGCAUAUUUAGAAAAUUUAACAUAACUAUAUACGAAUUA